AUGGAAGUCUUGUUGUCAAAAGUCACGCAGCAGGCGAUGAACUAUGCAAUCAGGACAGGCAUAACAAUUACUAGUGGCUAUGCUAUUCAACAGUGUGGUCGAUUACUCAAAACUGUAGAUGGCUGCGACAAAGAACAGCUGGCUGCUUUGCAACUCCGUCUGGAGGGCAAGAUUAGAAUUAUAUCUCCGGCAAUCGAUAUGAUUGAACUCAUUGCAGCUCGUGGAAACACGUCUCUUGAGUCAGCGGUGACACUGACCAAGUCUUUACGAUGGGACAUCCAGUCACUCGGUGUCCGACUUGCAAAAGCUGUGGGAGAAGAGCGGCUCUCUCGAAAGGGCUCUUCAAGAGGCAAUUCGCGUGCCCAGAACGAUCUGGAGCUGAAGAUGAUCAUCACAGAUAUCAAGAACCUCCUUAAUCGGAUUGAGGACGCUGUGCCCCUGAUCAGUCUAGCAAUAACAACAUCGGGCGUCAGUCUGUCAACGACUCUGCCGGCCACCGUUUCGCCGUCUCGGCUUCUCCAAGCUAGUACCUUCCUAACAGCUGGAGACACUCAGUAUUCCACGUCAUUGCCAAGGGCUCAACAGAUUGGUCCCGCAUUCACCCUUUCUAUCUACAUGCUGUUCUCUGGGCAUGCAUAUCGACCUCAUGACGAAGAAGGGAUCCGUGAGACUACCUGGAAAGAAGUCAUGCACAAAGCCCAUGUCAAGUUUCUAAGGGUCCCGGUAGACCGCGUCUAUGACUAUCCAACCCCUUUCCAAGGUCACUGCGGUCGCAGGGAUGAGACUGAGCAAGACCACAUCCCAGCCGAAGGCAUGUUGCACGAGUUUGCGUACCAACUUCUGGUUGUGGAAGACCUUCAUGACGACCGGGUCCAUACGUUUGAAGAUGGAGAGGCCCAGCCCGGUCCAUAUGAGGGCGUGGAUCAGGCUGGUGUCAGAGAGAUCAUACCGAUCCAUGAGAUCUCGAAGAUUUUCUACGCAGACACGGGCAAGAUCCUGAACAUCGGCACUGAUGGAGAGACCAAUAAUCCAAUACUUCUCCUUAAACGAGAUAUAAACGCUGUGCCGCCCCGAAGGAUGAUGGAACGAAGCGCUGUCGAGCCGGAGUACGACUCGGAUGACUCACAUACAGUGGGUGGCUCUGAUGUAGAGGAUGAGCAGUCUGAACUCGAUGCGCAACUACGCCGAGAAUCCGUAGCCAACGCCGCUGAAGAAUCACAGCAGGACGAGGUGCAAGCCCAUCCAUGGCGUUUGCCUCCGAAUCUCGAUCUCGAAUGGAUGGCUUUCGAAGUUUAUACGGAAGAGCCGUCUUCAGAGUCGGAUUUCGAAGAGUCAGAAUUGGAUCUCAACUCUCCCUCCCCUGCUGUCGGUACUUCAUCUGCGAAUUCGAUGGAACAACGACUGGAUUCUUUAUCUCCCUCACUGGCAGCCGGCCUCUCGAACCUCAAUCUCCGUCCAUCCACACCCUCUGACACGCCUCCAUCUCAUAAUACUCAACUAAUUCCUUCACCCAUAAAAUCCUCCCACCCAAUGCCCCGCUAUUCCCCGCAGCCACCCACCACUCUCCCGCCCAUCAAGACUUCCCUCUCCCUUCUUGAGAUGUUAAUCCGUCUCACCGCCCUCCAGCAAUUCCAGCAGUCUUCUCAUCUUGCAAUCCCCGAUGAACUUCUCACUUUCUUCCUGUCAGAGAGCAGCACCGUAGGCGCCGGCAACGAUUCUGAACUCCGUCGCCGAGCUCGACGAGAAGCACGAAUGAGAGUCGGCUUCGACCCCUACGACGAGAGCCCCAUCAAGCGCCGAGGAGAAGAGUACUUGGAGCAUGAGUUCCACGACAGUGAACACAACGGGUAUGAAGAUAUCUCACCUGGUGCCACUUCAGCCUUCGGCUACGACAGAUAUCCUCAUGGAAAAGCAUCUACUAUCUAUUCGCGAUCUCGGUCCGGAACACCGGUCCGUUCCUCGCCUUUUCCUAACUCCUCGCCCAUGUCGGGUAGUAGGUCGAAGUCAUCUGCAGACAUUCCCUUCCUAUCUAGUGAGACUAGACCGAGUCUUUCAAACGCAGCGUCUGCUAGCCCGUUACUAAGGAGGGCAACGACACAACCGAGUCAAUUUAGGGGAAUAAAACAGCCUAGUUUUCGAGGACCCCCAACUGCGCCGCCGACGUCGAGUAGUCCGAGGGUUGGCCAGCGGGCUAGUGGGCUGGGUAUUUCGCAGUCUCAGGAACUAGGAAGGAGAAGUCAGGUCCCUGACACGCCACCGAGUAGUGGUGGGAAGCGGGCUUGAAGGCCGCCAAG